GGGCAAAGAUCGGGUUAAAAAUGUCAUAGCAAGCAAGUCCUAUGCUAAAUUCUGCUGGAGAGCAAUGGUGGUAUUAAUAUUUGUGUGUCAUCUGUUCUAAUCUUACUCCCAUCAGUUAGUUUUAGUAACAUUAGGUCACUAUCUGAAGAGAGAGGGGAAGGAAAAAGAAAGAAGGAAGACGCUCGCUGAAGUGAAGGAAAUGUUUCCAAUACAGUCAGACAUUGUUCGUGAACAUAAAAGACAGGCGUAUGCAAUAGCAAGAGAGAUGACAGGAGACAGUGUUCCCCAUUUAGACCUGGGGAAGAAAGUGAGUCUCCCUCAAGAUCUAAUGAUGGAAGAGCUUUCCUUGCAGCGAAACCGUGGAUCUUGUAUGUUUCUGGAGAGGCAAAAGCGUGUGCAGAGAUUUAUCCUUGAGCACCAAUCAAACCAAACCAACGCAGGUAGUAAUGUAAGUGCAUCUCAGUCUGGUCAGACAGCUCCUGGUGAAAUGUCAGGUAAAGGAGGCCUUGAUGGGAAAGAGAACGAUCACUCGGAGAUUUAUAUAACACCUGGUGGAAGCAAGACUCCUCCAAUUGUACCCAAGAAAUCUCCCAAGGUUUUGCAGUUGAAGAUGUCCUUAAAUCCAGGUGCUAUAGCACCAGGUUACUCAGGACCUUUGAAGGAGGUUCCAUAUGAAAAGUUUAAUAGCACAGCCAUCCCGAGGUCCUAUCGUUCACCAUGGAUUGAAGACAAGAAUACUGAAUACAUUACAUUUGUCAAUGAAGUGCCCCCAGAACCUACAGGAAUAGCUCUUGAUGCUACAUAUCGCAGUUAUAACAGAACUCCUGUUCCUUUUGGAAGUUUGUCUGUGGUUGAUGGUUCAAUGACUCCAAAUAUAUUUGAAGAACUACAGGCACACAUAGAGGAAACUGAAACUAACGGACUGGAACUAAUGAGCCAAAGACCUAGCUUUAACAGGACACCUCGUGGGUGGGCAAUGAAAUACAUACCAGAGUCAGUAGACCUGUAGAAUCAGCUUGUGUUCAAGUUCAGCAUGGUCACAGUGGCAAAAUGUUCUUUAUAAUGCUUUGUAUUGUCUGUAUGGAGUAAACACUAGACUAGUUUUUGGCUCAUUUGUUUUCGGACAACAAAUGUUGUUUCCUAUCCUUCGUUCCGGUUGAAAUUUGAGUACCACUUUUAAUUCGGAAACAAAAUGCAUUGCCUGAAAACACAUCUCUCUCUGUCCCCAAGUCUUUUCUGUGCCCCCCACCUGCUCACCUAGGUUCUUCACCCAUUUUCUUAUCGCCUCUGAUUUCUUGGCAGAUGGAGACCAUGCCAACAGGGAGCUGGGAGGAAGGGGUGUCAGUAUGUGAGAUAGUGUCCUGCCAUAUUGAAAAAAAACACAGGAGAAACACAGGAGCAUGUAGUGCACACACAGUGUCUGCAAUAGAAGCUGCUCUAAAUUAUAAUAUAAGCCUUGCUUGCCUGUAGAAGUAAAUACACAGCUUUCCUUACAGACACUGAAAUCGUUAAUUACCAUCUGCAUAUUAAUUAUGCCCCCCCCCGAGAUAUUUACUUUUAUUUAAUGUAAUUACUCUACUGAGGGGUAGUGGAUAUGUGGAAGAACCAGCUUGAUGUCUACAAAAUCCCUGAGAUCUGGACUUACUUUAAUGAGAGGGUGGUGGAUAUGAGGAACAACCUCCCAGCGGAAGAAGCCUGAAGUCCGCAGAACCUCAGAGAUUUGUACUUUUAUUAAAAGUGAUAAAGUCUUACCUACCAUGAAAAUAUUUACUUUACUGGGGGGGGGGGGUAUGUGAAACAGCUUCCCAGCAGCAAACCUUUCCAAUUUGUACUUUUACUUACUGCAAUAAAGACUUACUUAAUGUAAGAAAUAUUUACUAUACUAAGGGGGUUGCGAGAAUGUGGAACAGUCUCCCAGUAGAAGCAGCUUGUGGUCUACAGAACCCCUGAUAUUUGUACCUCUAUAUAAU